AUCAGUUCACACCUUCGUAUCAUUUCGUAAUACACUUAAGUAUGUUACAAAAUGCAUCAAGUCAUAAAGGCAGCUUGUAGUACCUCAAGGUCAUAUAGUGGCCUAGGCCCAAAGACCUACCGUACAUCGAUUCAUAAUCUUUAACCGGAUAAAAAACGGAUUUAGAAAGCUACCAAUAAUGAGGCCAAACCCAUCAGACGUGAAUGGAACGUUGACUUGUAAAUGCUCUAGUGUUGUGAAGAUACAUAGUGGAAGAUUCUUGCUUGAUUUUACCUAUCGGAAUUAUUAUUUCGAUUGAAAAAAAAUGUCAAAACGAAUAGCAGCGAAAUUGAAGAAAAAUGGUUUAAGAGAUUGUAUGCAGUAUUCUACAUCAACAAUUGCAAGAGCAGAAAGAAUCAGCUGUCCACACAUUCAAGAUGUGAAUAUAAAACCGUAUUCUGAAAUACCUGGACCUAAACCUCUACCAUUUCUUGGUAACACCUGGAGACUUCUUCCUGUGAUAGGCCAAUAUGAUAUUUCUGAUGUUGGAAAAUUAUCUAAACGUUUCCACGAACAAUAUGGAAAAAUUGUAAAGCUCUCUGGUCUAGUAGGAAGGCCAGACCUAUUAUUCGUCUAUGAUGCAGAUGAAAUCCAGAAAGUCUAUAGCAAUGAGGGCCCUACACCUUUCAGACCUUCUAUGCCAUGUUUAGUCAAAUAUAAAAGCGAAGUGAGGAAAGAAUUUUUUGGAGACUUAGCUGGGGUAGUUGGAGUACAUGGAGAACCAUGGAAAACAUUCAGAACGAAAGUUCAGAGACCUAUUCUUCAACUUAAAACUGUCAAAAAAUAUAUAACACCCAUAGAAGAAGUAACAAAUUAUUUCAUAGAAAGGAUGCUGGAAAUGAAAGAUGACAAAGAUGAAAUGCCUGGUGACUUCGAUAAUGAAAUACACAAGUGGUCUUUGGAAUGUAUUGGUCGAGUUUCCCUCGACACAAGACUUGGCUGCUUAGAUCCCAACUUACCCUCGGACUCUGAACCCCAAAAGAUCAUAAACGCCGCAAAAUACGCUCUACGCAACGUUGCCAUUCUAGAGCUGAAGUUUCCAUUCUGGAGAUAUUUUCCAACAACAGUAUGGACGAAUUACGUCAAAAAUAUGGAUUACUUCAUCGAAAUCUGCAUGAAGCACAUAGAUGCUGCAAUGGAAAGGUUGAAAUCUAAGAGCAUUACGAACGAAAAUGAGUUAUCACUUGUUGAGAGGAUAUUAGCUAGUGAACCAGACCCUAAAACAGCAUAUAUUUUGGCUUUGGACUUGAUUUUGGUUGGAAUAGACACUAUAUCUAUGGCAGUAUGUUCAAUUCUGUAUCAGUUAGCCACAAGACCAAACGAACAAGAGAAGCUGUACCAGGAAUUGAGGAGAAUUCUUCCAGAUCCAAAAACUCCUCUCACAGCAUCUCUAUUGGAUGAAAUGGUAUAUUUAAAAGCUUUUGUCAAAGAAGUACUAAGGAUGUAUUCUACAGUCAUAGGCAAUGGAAGAACGUUGCAGGAAGAUACAGUAAUUCAAGGAUACCAUGUACCAAAAGGGAUCCAAGUUGUGUUCCCAACACUGGUAACAGGAAAUAUGCCAGAAUUUGUUAGUGAACCCUCAGAAUUCAUCCCCGAAAGAUGGAUGAAAGAUAGUGGGUUGGAUUACAAACUUCACCCGUAUGCAUCUCUACCAUAUGGUCAUGGAGCAAGAAUGUGUCUGGGUAGAAGGUUCGCAGAUUUAGAGAUACAAGUGCUUCUUGCCAAGCUUGUGAGGUCUUUCAAACUCGAAUACAACCAUGAACCUUUGGAGUACAAAGUCACCUUUAUGUAUGCACCAGAGGGUGAGCUGAAGUUCAAAAUGACUCCAAGACACGAAACCAAAGAAUAAAUAUGUAAAUAUCUAAUUUUUUUUGUAAAAUAUAUGUUUCUACCAAGUC